CUUCUCCAUUUCGUCACAAGCAAAGCCGAACCGACUCCCCCCUAUUUUCCCUCUGACGACGUGAGAUGCUUUGAUAUAAAACGUGAAUGUACUUGCGACGCAGACGGAUCAGAUCGACCUGCGAGGAGAAGUCGGACAUGAGACCGUCGCCAACCGAGGAGAUGAUGGAGGAGGCCAAGCUGUGGACGGGCCGGGAGCGGCACCGCGGGGGCCCGGACGAGGACGAGGAUGAAAGCCCUGUCGGAGCUGCUGGCGGCUCCGAGACGGAGGCGUGUCUCGGCGAUGAGGAGGACGAGAGGCCCGGGGUGCCUUUGGGGUCUGCGACGGCCCUCCCCAUUUACGUGUCGAUGCAUCGUGUGCGCCGGCUCAUCGUUGCGAGCAUAGACGAUCCAUACACGCUUGAUCAACUAAGCGAUCCCAGGAUGAAUCUUCUCACUGUAAGGCCUCUCGUUGAGCGUCUGUUUCACCCAAAGGAUAUCACAAUAGUCUACUGCCUCCUGGCCAACCGCCUCCACUUUCUCCGCCAGCAGGCGACCACGGUCCACCAGCCCGUCAAUAUGGCCCGCGCGGCUCUAUGCGAGCUGGUCGCCACCCGGGUCCUCCGCCGCUUCCACGAGUCCAACCCGGGCGCCCAGGGCCUGCUCUUCCUCUCGCACAUCCUCGUCGGCGGUUUCGAUCCCUUUGAGGGCGCCCCCGAGGCCGUCGAAUUCGAGGGCCGCCGCCAGUGGGCCGUCCAGGAACGCGGCGGCCUCGAGCGCAAGCUCACGGCUCUCGAGCUCGCCAUCCUCUCCGAGAGCAAGACCUUCAUCGGGUCCCCCGCCUGCCAGCGCGUUGUCAACGCCGUCUACGAAGGGCGUGUCAUCUACACCCCCCUGUCCUUCGUCGACAUCCUCCCGGACCACUACAAGUACCACCCCAUCUCGCUCUACGACCCGCGCAAGGCGCCCAUCCUGAACCACUACCGCCUCAUCGUCCCACGCUCCCGCCAUUUCAUCGAGUUCGUGCAGUUCCUCGUGCUCAUGGUGCUCUACUUCCUCGCCAUGCUGUACCGCCGGAGCAGCAACGAGGUCUUUGAGUUCCUCUUCUGCAUCUACGCCGCCGGCUGGGUGCUCGACGAGCUCGCCGCCGUCGUCGAGCACGGCUGGGAAGUCCACGCACAGAACCUGUGGUCCUGGCUCGACGUCACCUUCUCCGCCAUCUACGGCGUCUACGUGAUCGCGCGCAUCUACGACGUCGCCGCGGGCCACUUCCCCGACGGCCACGGCCUGCACAUCCUUCCGCUCGCGGCGCCCAUCCUGCUGACCCGUGUCGCCUUCAACAUCGCCCCGGACAACAUCGUGCUCAUCUCGCUGCACGCCAUGAUGAAGGAUUUUCUGCUGUUGUCGUUCCUCGCCUGCUGGUGCUUCAUGGGCUUCCUACUCGCGCUGCAGUGGCUCAUCGACUCCAACGACAACUUCAACGAGACGCCCUCGUGGUUCACCAUCGGCAAGUGGAUGCUCUGGAUCUGGUUCGGCCUCGACGGCACGGGCAUCGAGGAGUCGGUGCAGUUCCACAUUGUCUUGGGCCCUGCGCUUAUGAUCGGCUUCGCCUUCCUGGGCAACACACUGUUCCUGACGAUCCUCGUCGCCAUGCUCACAAACACCUUUUCCAAGAUCAUUGCCGACGAGACGGCCGAGGUGCAGUUCCGCCGCGCCGUGCUGACGUUCGAGGGGGUCAAGAGCGACGCCAUCUUCGCGUACCCGCCGCCCUUCAACAUCUUCGCCCUCGCGACGCUGCUGCCGCUGCGCUUCCUCGUGUCGCCGGAGUCGUUCCACAGGGUCAACGUCGCGCUCAUCCGCGCGCUGAACCUGCCGACGCUACUGCUCAUCAGCCUCUACGAGAGGCGGCAGUUCUCACGGCGGGCGCGGGCCAAGACAGGGGACCGGUCGCUUCUGGGCUGGAAGUUCUCGGGGUUUUCGCCGCACGGCGACAUCCAGGCCGUGUUCGAGACGGCGCCGCCGCCGGACGUGGCGGAUCUGAUUGAGGAGCUGGACAAGCUCGGGGACGAGGGCUCGCUCGCGGACGAGUUCGUGCCCAAGUUGUCCGCGGACUUGGGCCGGCCGAUCCGGUGGAGGUCAAGGUUACGGAACGGAGUUCAGGAGCACGAUGAGUGAGAUUUUGGUGGGGGGUAGGUAUUGGACUCUCUCCCUUACUCCCUCUCCCUCUCUCUCUCUCAUUAUCUCUUUAUUGUCUUCAUUAGAUUUAGAUUAUUGUAACAUAGCCCCUCCCCGCCUUUUCACAUCAGUUCGGAAUACCUCCACAUAACAUCCUACAACUUCCACACCUGCAGGUUGCGGUACCGCGCAACGAGCGGCUGCAUCUGUCUGAACCCGAUCCGGCCGUCCCGGAUGACGGGGCCCGUCGACUUGUCGUCGUAAAACUCAAAGAUGGGCAGGCCGUUGAUGGAGAAGCUGACCUCGCGCUUGUCCUUGACGACCUCGAUCUUGUAGAAGGCGCCCGCCGCGUCCGGGACGGGCGGCAGCGGGUCGCCGCCCUGGGCGACGAGGUGGAAACCGGGAGACUUGCGCAGGUUGGCGACGUGGAAGGCGCGCUCCUCGGGCCAGCGGCGGCGGAAGUAGGACGCGUGCAGCGUGCGGAUGUCGGAGGAGUGGUACUGCGGGUAGCUGCCGUUGCGCGGCUUCAGGGACGGGUCGAAGAUGGAGCCCUUGCCGUCGUCGGCGGCGGAGGCGGCGCCGAAGAAGAACAUGGCGAGGCCCGGCUCGGCACGCGGGGAGAACUCCCAGGUGAUGCGGAUGCCGUCGGGGAAGACCUCGGGCACCCACCAGACAAAGUAGUCGGCCUCGGCGCCGGCUCCCGCGAGCUCGAUGGAGGAGUCCACGGCGGUGAAGUUGAGAGGCCCCUCGGCGACCCAAGUGGCGACGUCCGAGGUCGAGUUGAGGGGGUUGCUGUAGAGGAGCGUCUCUGCUGCGGCUGCCAUUGUCGAGGCCGCGAGGGCGAGGAGAGGGGUGAAAGAUCGCAUCUUGAGAGGGAUUGAACGUGAGGAUGGCCUCGGCGGGGAGGAGGGAGGAGAUGUGGGAGAGUAGAUUGACGGGACCCUUGCGCGAUUAUCUGGAGUCAGAAGAGACAACGGGGGACAACGGAAGCAAAGGUUACAUUGCCGACCCUGAGUGGGCUGGCGAGUCUCGUCUCUUAUACCAGGUCCUUUUUACUCUACAAGCGCGUCACUCAAAUUCUCCAACGUCGAACGGGCUGAUGCUACACCGAGAUGCCCGAGUCCGGGGGGGGCGGGCAGGGGUGUGUGUGUCCCACGGCGGCGGACGGAACGGGCUAGACUAAGACGGGGGUGCAGCCGGCAGCCAAUGUUGCCAUCCAAAAGACCAAAGGUGCGAUUAAUCUAAACGACCUCUGAACGGAAACUCUGGGCCGUUGAGGGGAGGUUGGCAGGCCGCGCCGGUUCCGGGGUGGUGGCAUACAAGAAUGCUUAUUUCAAGACGCCUCCUCUGCCCUGCAUCACGCGAUCCCGACGGGUCAUGGAUGGGUUCCGCCAAAGGGGAGAAGGGUCGUCGUCGUCGUCGUCGUCGUCGUCGUCGUCUUCGAGACACCGCUCGCGCAAUCUCGGGUCCCAGUCGCUUGGGACGACUUGGACUUUGGCAAUUCCAGCGCUGCCGCUGCUGUGAAGCGGGGGAGCUGGAGAGAAAAGGGUC